AAAUCAUUAAAUUGGAUUGAAACAAGUUUCGUAUUAUCUUAUUGUGUUGAAAAUGAAAGGAAAAUUGAAUUAAUUUCUCAAUACAUUUGACUUGAGUUUCCAUUAAAACCCAGUGUUUAAGCUCCAGUUUUCAGCAAAGUCAUCUUCCUCAGUAGUUGCAUUCAAUUUAGAAGAAACAUGGAUGAUGUUGAAAAGGUUGAAGAUGUGAUGUUGCCUGGUUUUCGGUUUCAUCCCACAGAUGAAGAGCUUGUGGAGUUUUACCUCAAGAAUAAGAUUCAGCAGAAAUCUUUACCCAUUCAACUCAUCACCCAACUUGACAUUUACAAAUAUGAACCCUGGGAUCUUCCAAAGCUAGCAGCAUCAGGCGAGAAAGAGUGGUAUUUCUACUGCCCAAGAGACCGUAAAUACAGGAACAGUGCAAGGCCUAACAGGGUAACGAGAGGCGGAUUUUGGAAGGCCACUGGCACCGAUAGGCCUAUUUACUCUUCCGAUGCCACCAAAUGUAUUGGUUUAAAGAAAUCCCUUGUGUUUUAUCGAGGAAGAGCAGCGAAAGGGAUUAAAACUGAUUGGAUGAUGCAUGAAUUUCGACUACCUUCCCUCUCGGACAAAACCCUUUCUGCUAAUGAUUCGUGGGCUAUUUGUAAGAUAUUUAGAAAGACCAAUUGCAUGGCUCAAAGAGCUCUUUCCCAUACUUCCAUACCAUCUGAUAUACCCCACCAUUACGGCCCUUUCAAUCACUUCAAUGAAGUGCAACAUGCACAACAAUGGACAACUUCUCCAUUGCCUGUUCCCAACGGAGACCUUCACAAUAACUCCAUGUUUUUACAGUGCACGGUCGAUACUUCUUCCGUGGUAUUGAGCCCAGAUGCAACAAUGAUCGCUGAUGAUGUUAGGAACAACUCCGAGAGUAUAGAUUUCAAGGGGAAACAACAGAGUUUCAAUGGCUUCUCAAUCAGGUUGCCCCAAGAUAUGGAAGGCACGAGGAAUGAUGAUGGGGAUUGGAGGAGUAUUCCAUUAAUGGGAUUUCCAUUUAGCUUGUCGCCAAAUGUGCUGGAUUCGUGGAAGCCUAAUCUACCAUGGGAUACAUCUCUAUAUCCAACUGAGAUGUCCACUACAUAUUCAACCGACAGAUACCAUACAUAAAUAUACUUGCUUGUUAUUUUACUCUUCACUUCUCUUUUCUUUUGUAAAAUAUCUGCAUACUCUUCUCAACAUAUUGAAAUUUUUGAAAGGAAAAAUAAA